GCAAACCUCUCCACUCACUGAGACGGCUGGAAUUUCAGAGCGUGACGUCACUGCCUACAACUCUCCCAGAAUUUGGAUCAAGAAGUUUCACUUUUUUGGUGGGAUUUGAAACCUCUGUUAUAUUUCCUAGAAAGCGAGAUUUCAACAUACAGUAAAGGGCAGUGCUUCUACAAUCUUCAGGAAUCGCGCACAUCCAGAGAGGAGAAAAGGUGUCUGAUCCUGUAGUCCUCAGCAUCGCUCAGUGUUAACAUUUGGAACCAUGUGGAACAAUAACGACCAGACGGGACAAGUGGCUGCAAGGAUGGAGACUACUUUGGGUAGUGCGAGCAUCUCCGUCUCCCAGCAGCAGGCACCCAAGAAAUUUGCCCCCGUGGUUGCACCCAAGCCCAAGUUCAACCCGUACAAACAGCUGGGAGAUCCCGCGCACGCUGACCCUGCAGUGGACUACCCUCCCCCUCCACCACCUGCGGAAGAGUCAACCGGUUUCUCGCCAUCCCCUGCUUCCUUCCCUCCUCCUCCACCGAUGAACUCGUGCGAUUAUCAGAUGAAAGGACCGGAGAAGACUCUGGAGGAGAGACGCUCCAGUCUGGAUGCAGAGAUCGACUCCCUCACCAGCAUCCUGGCGGACCUGGAGAGCAGCUCGCCCUACAAGCCACGGAUCACACAAAACUCUGGAUCCUCGGCAACCUCCACCCCCACUGCUCCUGUGACUGGUUACAAGCGUAUGGUCAUUCCAACCCAGCCACCUCUGACUGCCACCAAGAAGUCUACGCCCAAACCGCAGGCUCCCGGGGGAGUCUCGUCUAUACCCCCUACAUCUGCCAGCCCGGUGGCCAAGCCUCAAAGCCACACAGCUCCUCAGCCUGUCCCAGCCUCCUACGCUACAGCCUCGACCCCAAGCCAGCCCACCUUCAAUGUCCAGGUGAGGUCAGCCCAGCCUGGCCCCCAGCACCAAGCCCCAGUUGGGCACCAUUAUGGCCAGCAGCCCAUUCGCAGCCCUGCACAGGUGCAGUACAUGCCCGCCCAGCCCAAAGGUCCCGACUUUGCCUAUGGGCCGCCACAGCCUGGCUUCUCCCAGAUGGCUCAGGGUGCAUAUCAAGACCAGUACCAUCCAGGAGUAGGUGGCUUAAGCUCCAGGAGGCCUGAGCCGGCCCCGGCCCAAGCAUACCAAGGCCCCAGAAAGACCUACAUCACAGAUGUACCACCAAGCUUGGCUCCCUACACUGCUGGACCAGCUGUUCCACCAAAGGGCAGUGCUCCCAUGGCCCACCCUGAGGACGAGCUGGAGCGCCUGACCAAGAAGAUGCUGUUUGACAUGGACAACCCACCAUCUGAGGAAUAUUUUGGGCGCUGUGCCAGCUGUGGAGAGAACGUGGUGGGUGAAGGCACCGGCUGCACCGCCAUGGACCAGGUCUUCCAUGUCGACUGCUUCGUCUGCAUGACCUGCAGCAGCAAGCUGCGUGGCAAGCCUUUCUAUGCUGUGGAGAAGAAGGCGUACUGUGAGCCUUGCUAUAUUAACACCCUUGAGACCUGCACCAUCUGCAGUAAGCCCAUCAUGGAGCGCAUCCUGCGGGCUACAGGGAAAGCCUACCACCCUCACUGCUUCACCUGCGUGGUAUGCCACCGCAGCCUGGACGGCAUCCCUUUCACUGUGGACGCUUCCAACCAUAUCCACUGCAUCGAGGACUUUCACAAGAAGUUCGCUCCACGCUGCUGUGUGUGCUCUGAGCCCAUCAUGCCGGCCCCGGGCCAGGAGGAGACCGUCCGUAUUGUGGCCCUGGACCGCGACUUCCACGUGCAGUGUUACCGCUGUGAGGACUGUGGCUCUCUGCUCUCGGAGGGGGAUAACCAGGGCUGCUACCCUCUGGACGGACACGUCCUCUGCAAAAACUGUAACACCAGCCGCAUCCAGGACCUCACCGCCAAGGCCACCACUGACCUCUGAACAGCCCGCCGCCCGGUCUCCUCCACUGUGAUAAUCUAACGCUCACUCUCUCUCUCUCUCUCUCUCUCUCUCUCUCUCUCUCUCUCUCUCUCUCUCUCUCUCUCUCUCUCCUUCUAUCUUUCUCUCUCGCACAAUCAUACAGACCCACAGAAGCUUGCAUUCCUCAGCAUAUACAUGUAUAUCCCUCUAUAUAUAUUCACUGCCAGUAACAAGAAAUAGCCUCACAUGGUCACCUGCAUACAUGUAUUGACUCGGUACAAACGCAGCAGAAGAGGCUGUGAGUUUUUAACUGUGUUUUUGAAGGCAUAGCUUUGGGAAAUGUGCUUAUAUACACUGAGAGUCAGAGGGAAGACCGUUGCUGCUGUUGUGUCUGAGCACUACAUUUAAAGAUACAGUCAGCAUGUUUUUAGUUUAGCUUAUGCAUAAAAUGAAGAAACAGCUAACCCAGCUCUGUCCCAAGUUUAAAAAGGAUCCACAUAACUGUGUCACUAAUUAACAUGUUGCAUCUCAUUUACUUCAGCAAGAAAUAAUAGUGUAAAGAUGCAACAUGUCACUUUUAAACUUCUGCUUUUUUACAGAUUAUAAAACAAAAGAUAAAAUAAGAUUGAACUUUAUUAAUCCUGAAGGAAAUUCUGGUUCCAGAUUGCUCCAGAGUUAAAAAAAAAAUGUGAAAAAAUAAAAAAAUAAAAAAACAAUCACAAUAUAGGAUAAUAUAAGAAAAAACAAUGAACAAAAUAGGUAACAAUAACAAUAUAUAAUAUAAAUAUAAAUAUAACAAUAAUAUAAAAAUAAAACAAAGUGUCUAGGGAUUAAGUGAGUAGAAUGCAGAUAUAAACAAGAUAUAACAUGUUACUUAGUGAGCUUUAGAGGUACUGGUAACACUUUAUAAUAAUCAUCAUUAAUAGAUUAGUAUUGAUAGUUAAUCAAACUUGAUUUUACUGUUAACAAAACAUAAAAUGAUGAUGUUUACUAAAGUUAUUUAACAGUUUAUUGUUGCACACAUUUUAACAUUUCAUAUACUAUAUUAAGUAUUGGUUUGUAAACUGUCUAUAAACAUUAUUUGGAUGGUUAUUCUAGAGUUGCAACUAUCUAUUGUAAUAAUUUGUUAAAUGGUUAAUAAAUGCUUUGUAAAGAAUCUAUAUACAGUAUUUAGAUAUUAUCGGUGCACAAAUAUUCACUCUUUUUUACUCUUUUAUCACCAAUAAAAGUUUUAAUAUAACUUGAUGCUUUAUAACGCUUUUAUUAAUCAAUAACUAAUUGGCAUUUGUUGCAACUUAACUAUAACAGCAUCCAAAUAUUGUUUAUAGAGAGGUCACAAACCCAUAAACAACCACUGACAAGUGUUGCAAAUCAUUUGGUAAUCUUUAGUGAAUGAUUAUAGUAAAUGUAAGGGCAGGUGUCCUUUUUUAGGAAUUUAAAGAUUGAUUAUGGACACCUGGAAGUUAAACAGGAACUACUUAGUAGGUGUCCAAUAUCAGGAAUUAAUGGACAUCCUGUGGCCAGUCAGAAUUGAUUUUUCAUACAGACCCUGGUAUCCUUUUUUUAUUAUGUGUGCAAUAAUUUACUGUUAAAAUAGCAAAUUAUAGUUUUUAUUAAAAACUUGUUAUGAUACUGACAAUUCAGUAAAAUGGCGUAAGAAACUUUUCAUGAAGUAUCAAUUUAGGGUACAGUCAUGGAACAAAUUAUUAGACCACCCUUUUUCUUUAAUUUCUUGUUCAUUUAAUGCCUGGUACAACUAAAGGUACAUUUGUUUGGACAAAUAUAAUGAUGACCACAAAAAUAGCUCAUAAGAGUUUAAUUUAAGAGCUGAUAUCUAGCCAUUUUCCAUGGUUUUCUUGAUAAUAACCAAAAUCAUAAUCAAGGAAACCAAUUAAUUGAAGAAAACAAGGGUGGUCUAAUAUUUUUUCCAUGACUGUAUAUUGUUGAUUAUUAUGAAGUGUUACUGGCAGACCAGCUGUUUUUGCAGUGUCUAAGCUAAAAUGUAGCCACAUAUUGACUGUGCAGAUCUAAAAGUAGCUUCAGUCCUCUGUUCUAUCUCUCUACAGGGAAGCAAAGAAGCAUAUUUCCCAAAAUGCCAAUGUCAAAUUGCUUAAUAUCACUCCAAAUCCAUCAGUAAUAAUAUAUACAUCAUCACUCAGUGUUAUUAUCUCAUAUCAUAAUCAUCUUCAUUUGGCGUGUUCCAGCCAGGGUGUGCAUGUAUGCAUGCAGGCCCACUUUUUUCUCGCUGCCUGGUUCUUUUGAUCUGAAAUGGAGUCUGACUCCUCCAAAAUAUGCAAAAUGUUUGACACACCUGCCCAGCAGGUGAGGAUGGAUGUGUGUGUGUGUGCGUGUGUGUGACUGUAGCUUUAUCAGUAUUUAGAAAAACCUUGAGCAUCAAUAUGCCGGUAAGGACAUUCUUUUUAUUCUUUAGUGUUUAUUACAGUGCAAAUCCACAGACGGUACACACAUAGGGAUAAUAUUACACACUGAAGCUCAUUAUUGCAAAACAGUUCCUUGAACUGAACGCCAAAGAAUUGAAUUUAAACUGCCAUAUUAACAAUGUUUACUAUUUUGUAUGCAACCAUAUUAAACAUGACCUUCUAUUGAUUUGGGACCACAGGAAUCACAAACAGUGUCAAAGACAGAAUCCUCAAUAGGCAGCUGUUGAAUGCAAUUCCCUUUUUUAACAUACUUUCUUUGUACUUUCCAAUCAAAUUUGCUUUUAUGUAUAAUGUAUAGAAUAGUUGAUUUUCUGUUGGCCUGAACAGUACAACCAUGGCACUCCUCUCAUAAAGAUACGGCCCUAUAUUUGAGUUCAAUGCCAUAGUUUUGAGCUGAUAAAUAUGUAACUUUAUCUCUCAUUUUCAACACAUAGAUUAGAUUAGCGAUUGUACUGUAAGCAGACUGGUAGAGAUAACGGAUUAGAGAUGGCUAUGCAAUUUUUAAUGUUAAUUACAUCGACACUUUAUAAGAAAUUUUAUGAAUAAGGAAAUAUUUUACCUGUACAGAUUCAAGCAUAAGUGUCCUUAUAGUAAUCCUUUAAUCAAAACUAUGCUGUUGGUACUGUGUGACGUUGUGUGUCACUGUGCUGUGUGUCAGUAUUGAUUGUACCGUUGACACUUGUCUUUUAUAUUUAGUGUUUGUUUAAAGUUGAUGGGCGAAGAAGGGACCGUGAGAGUUUCCCACAAAGACUGAUUUUAUUAUUUGUUCCAUCCAAGAAUCACAGUCAGUGGACCAGUAGUUUGACUGUUUGAUUUCAUAGUUAACGCAUUAGAAUCAUUAGAGCAAAAGGAUGAUGUGAGUUAAAGGUGCCCUGUGGAGGUUUUCACCUCUCGUAGUGCUGUGUUUUGUUGUUUUUUUAUUAUUGGGUGCGCAUCUAUAUGCAGAUAUUUUGCAGCUGAUUUCCCGCUUUUACAGUAAUGGACAGUUGGUGGAAGCAAUGUGUGAAGAAGCGUACCAAUGCGCCUGCAAAAGCAGUGAAGAAGAAGACCACAAGCUAGCAAAUGUGGAUGUAAACAUAAAGCUAUUUAAUGCAUACACAUAAAUCAAACAUUUAUUGAGAUAGGAAAUUAAUUCAACACGUUUGCAUUUGGGUGUUAAAUUAAUUUACAGAAAACUCCACAGGGUACCUUUAAACAGCAAAGACAACCAGAACUAGUCUGACUAUUUAUGAGUUGGAUUGUUUUUAACAGUGUUUCCCUAUAAAGUCUUGUGCAUGUGGAUGGGUUUAUUAUGAACAAAGCAAUUAAUUACAAUUUUAUGAGUAUUCUUUGAACUGUUUUCCUCACACAUUAAGAAGUGUCCGGCGCCUUUUGGAUAUCAGAAAUUGAUUACACCAACAAAAUCUACUGUAGUAAUUUAGUAGUAAACAGGGAGUCAGAUUACAUCAAAAUCUGUGAUCAAGUUUACUGUGGCAACGUAUGAACCAAAUAACUGUGCUAAUAAGCCAAAUAAUACAUGUUUCACUAGGAUACAUGUGUUUAAAAUCUGAAGGAGUUUUAAAAUACCCUAAAAAAUACAGUUUGAGUUCUGCACUGCUAGUCCUCUAGAAGGUUAGGCAACCUAAACUCCAUGUCCUCAGGAAUUUUUCCAUCAAUAUUUGGAGCACAGUUCACCGGUCACACACACAAACUAAAAGACUUGCAGUUAAGUGAAAAAAGUGAACUUCUUAAGGAGGUAAUGCAAUGUGUGUUGAAGACAUAUUAGAGUGUCUCAAAAUUGUCUCAAAACUUCAGCUGGGAACAGCAUCUUUUAUUUAAUGCUAUUUUAUCAAAAGAUUAUCAUCAAAAAUAUCAAGUGACAGCUAUGAAAAACGAACAUAGAGUAUAUCACCGCAGCUCCAUUAGGUCUAUACUAGGAUCCAUCGUUGGCCAUUUGACAGUUCACUCAGUGAGCCAUAUGGUUGUUAGGCAACAAAGGACAAAAAAUAAACACUCUAUAUGCCAUUAAGUCACAUGUGUUGCUAGGUUCCAGCUCUCAGAGAUGUUGCUGGGGAUCUGGCCUGGUUAGCACCUCGUGUUGGCUCUCUGUGAGAGGUCGAUACCGGCCCUGCUGGAAUAAUUAAAGGUGCAACUGAUAUAAAAAGCACAAAUGAAGAAUUCAUAGUGACACUAUCUGAACAAAAGUUUAUUUAAAAUUCUUCUCUUGGUGCUUUUCAUAGCCAAAUGUCUCUAAACAUAAUACUAUCAUAGUCAGUAAGUGGACCUUUGUGCUUUGGUUUGCUUCAAAAAGUAUUUUCUGAAGCCAAAGUGGUAUCCAUUAUUCAGACCCGCCUCUGGUUCUUACUCUACAGUAAAACAUGUCAUUGCAAUACUGUAGCAAUAUGAAGCAGGAGCGUUUUCUGUGCUUUCAGGCAUGACCACUGCACAGUUGAAUCAUUCUGGUGUUGUGUUUAAUUUAAUUGGCAGCAUAGUGAGGAAGCUUACAGUAAUUGUGAGCCGCAAACAUGAACGUUGUGUAAAAAUGUUGCUGCAGAAAGUGCUCUUUCCACAGCAGCUCUUUACUUUCAACUGCUGUCAAAUCACAGCGUAUGUAUAAUCUUUGCUAAAUGUAGUGGUUCACAAUCAAACAAGGUCCAGCCAUCAAUUAGAAUUAUUGUUUAAAGCACAUGUUUACACCUUGUCAGUGUUAUACCCGAGAAAAUGAGCUGCUGUUAGAGUUGUGUCAUUUAAAGCUGCACCAUAGGCUUUAUAUAAGAAGUAUCCUUUUGAAGGCUCAGAUUUGGCCUUUUGGCUGUUGCCAUCUUGGUUUUCUUAGAGCCAGAAGUGGCCAUAUUUGGACAGGAUGGUGGAGCUAAGCAUGGUGCAAAAAUCUAGAUCUAAUUGACACCUUAGAGUCUUUUUGGUACAACUGAACUCUGAAUUGACAUUUUAGCCGUCCAAAAUGUUAAAAUCAACUUUAACUAACUGAAAACACACUGUGAGAGGGUCAUAGUACUAGGUUGAAAUCACAAUGUGUGCACAUGGUAUCGAUUGUCAACCAUGCCCGAAAGCACACCCCGCUUUAUUGUCUAUUUUAAUCUAAAUGGGACCAUAACUUACAAAAUGAACAUCAUGCUGUAUUGAGAAAGACUUGAAACUCAUGAUUUCGACCAUAAACUAAUUAGGAAAAUGUUCACUGAGGUAAUAAAUCAAGUGACAAUGAGGGUCAUUUUCUCAUUGACUUCUAUAUAAUCAGACUUUGCCCCCUAGUGGUCAUUAGAAAGAAUGCAGGUUCAUGGCACAUCUCCAAUGGGUUUUUUUUAACUUUUCAAGCCACUUGAAUUGUACAAAUCAAGACUUUUCAUAAUAACAAUGGAUCAAAUAACUGUGAUUAAUGUAAAUUAAGUCACUUAUAGUGACAAACCCACAGAAAAUUAUCUCCAAACAGCAACCCGUGAAGUUGUCAGCUAUAGCUGGUGAACAUAGUGUCUUGCCCCUAACAGGCUACAAAAUAUCAAUUAAUGCCAUUUUAAACAGAUUACUUAAUAUAGAAAAUAAUCAACCAAGUGCUUUUUAAAUUAUUUAGGUUAAAUGUUUUAAAAUGUGUUAUUGGCUUAUUAGCACGUUUUCUACAAAGCAUAUGUCUGUCACAGAGUGAAACUUCAUCAGCCAUGAAAGCUGUAUUAAACUCUCCUGUUUAUGGUAUUUGUAUGGACAGUCUGUGGAAACAUCACACAUCUUUGAUGGAGCAGAUCAGACAUGAGGCCUGAUGCUACAAGUAUAAAGAAAAGCCGUAAUGAUUUUUUUAUUUGUUCAGCGUAUUUGUGAUGUCUACUGUCUUUGUUCUACCCAUGUCUGUAAAAGUGCCUUUGGCUGAGCAGUAUUGAAUCACUAUACUGUUGCUGUGUAUUUCGUGCCUCACUCAAAGAUGUUGCCAUGUUUACUCGUCUUUACCAAAGUAAAUAAAGAGGAUCCCUUUGUUUGGGCCAACUCUG